AUGGGCGCUUGUGGAAGCAAAGAGGCGUCGGCUGAGGAUACCGAGCAGAAAAAGAGGAGUCAGGCCAUCGACAAGAAACUGGAGGAAGACUCGCGGAGAUUACGACGAGAAUGCAAAAUCUUGCUGCUUGGGUCCGGCGAAAGCGGGAAGUCGACGAUCGUGAAACAGAUGAAGAUUAUCCAUCAGAAUGGCUAUACAAAAGAAGAGAGGGCGCUGUACCGGCUUACCAUCUACAAGAACCUGAUCGACUGCAUGAAGGCGCUGAUCAGCGCCAUGCAGCAAUUCGAAAUCGAACCAAAAGACGACGUGGUCAAGGGCCACGUCGAAUACCUUAUGGAAUACAAUGUGGACCCGGAUCCUGACCAGUCUUUGGACCCCAAGGUGGCGGAAGCAGUCGAAGCCAUCUGGAAGGAUGAAGCAGCUUCGAAAACGAUGGAACGGCAAAGCGAAUUCUACCUGAUGGACUCAGCCCCCUACUUCUUCGAGGAAGUCAGGCGAAUCGCAGCUCCCGACUAUAUACCCAAUGAAGCCGAUGUGCUGCGGGCACGUACCAAAACCACCGGUAUCUACGAGACAAGGUUUACCAUGGGUCAAUUGAGCAUACACAUGUUCGACGUGGGCGGUCAACGCAGUGAGCGCAAGAAAUGGAUCCAUUGUUUCGAGAACGUCACAUCUAUCAUCUUCUGUGUGGCACUGAGUGAGUACGACCAGGUACUGCUAGAAGAAUCAAACCAGAACCGGAUGAUGGAAAGCUUGGUACUCUUCGAUUCGGUGGUCAAUUCUCGGUGGUUCAUGAGGACGAGUAUCAUUCUCUUUCUCAACAAGGUUGACCUGUUCAAAGAAAAGCUGGGGCGGUCCCCCCUGGGGAAUUACUUCCCCGACUACUCUGGCGGCAACGAUGUCAACCGGGCAGCCAAGUACCUGCUCUGGCGGUUUAACCAAGUCAACCGCGCCCAACUCAAUCUCUAUCCCCACCUUACCCAGGCCACAGACACGACGAAUAUCCGGCUGGUCUUCGCCGCGGUCAAAGAGACGAUAUUGCAGAAUGCCUUGAAAGAUUCGGGGAUAUUAUGA